UUCAGUUUUGAUUUGCUAGAAAAUAUCCUUGUUUUGCCAAAAAGUUUUGGACAUGGAAGGUAAACUGCUAGUUAUUGUCUUCAUUUUCUUUUUUUCCCCAUGCAUGUGUGUAUGUCUGUCUGUUCUUGUGGGUGGCAGGGGAGCAUGUGUCUGGGCCCUUUCACGGUUCUCCUUCCCCCACAGGGUGGACCCAAUUGUGGGCUGGGACCUGGGGCCCAGAAGGUCCUGAAGAAGGGUGACGAGGGGCCCUUCAACGUGGAGGCACUGGAUGAAAUCAGCAUGAGAUGCAGGGUCAAGAUGGAAAAGCAGAAUAUUCAACAUCAAGAGUGAACUGUGAUGUAAACGGAGGACUUCAGGUGACGACAAUGACAAGGUGCCCGUCCGUGGAACCAGAAUAGUGUCUGUAGCAGACUGAGAAGCCAUUCCAGACAUCCGCAGGAUCUUGGCAGCAGUUUGAUCUGAAGAUGACCCUCCGUGUGCUGUGGGCCAGCCUCAGCCUUCUCCGCCUGGUGUGGUGUCUCCUGCCACAGACAGGCUACGUACACCCAGAUGAGUUCUUCCAGUCACCCGAGGUCAUGGCAGAGGACAUCCUGGGCGUGGAGGCUGCGCGGCCUUGGGAAUUUGACCCCAGCAGCUCUUGCCGCACGGUGCUCUUCCCGCUGCUGACCUCCGGCUCCGCCUUCUGGCUGCUCAGGCUCUGGGAGCAGUGGGGGCCGCGGCGGGACCCGGUGAGUGGCUACGUGCUGCUGGUGGGGCCGCGACUUCUCCUCACCGCCCUCUCCUUUGCCCUGGACGUGGCCGUGUACCACCUGGCCCCUCUGUGGGGGGCGGAGCGCUGGAACGCCCUGGUCCUGCUGUCCGGCUCCUACGUCACCCUGGUCUUCUACACGAGGACCUUCUCCAACGCCAUCGAGGGACUGCUCUUUGCAGGGCUGCUGGUGGUGGUGUCCCCCAGGUUGGCGUGGAGCCCCACCCCCAGGAAGCCCGCCCCGGGCCCGUGGGGGCACAGCUGGCUGCUGGGGGGCAUCGUGACUGCUGGCUUCUUCAACCGGCCCACGUUUCUGGCCUUUGCUCUGGUCCCACUCUUCCUCUGGAGCAGCCGCGGGGCGGCGCACCCCGGCUUCAAGUCGCUGGCAAAGGAAACGCUGGCGCUGCUCCCGGGAGCGAGCCUCGUGGCGGCGGUGUUCGUGGCUGUGGACAGCUGGUAUUUCUCCAGUCCCUCUAGAUCCAGCACCCUCGUUCUUACGCCUGCCAACUUCUUGUACUACAACCUGGAUCCUCAGAACCUGGCAAGGCAUGGCACACAUUUGCGGCUCACUCACCUGGCUGUCAACGGUUUCCUGCUCUUUGGGAUACUGCAUGCCCAGGCCCUGCAGGCGGCGUGGCUACAGCUGCAAGCCUGCCGCCGGGCCUUUGCACAGAUGGGCUUCCUGAGGGCUCUGGGGCACAGAAGCCUGCUCUCUGGCCCCAGGUCUUGCCUCCUGCUCCUCUACUUCACACCUCUGGCCCUGCUUUCUGCCUUUAGCCACCAGGAGGCUCGGUUCCUGAUCCCCCUCCUAGUCCCCCUCGUCCUUCUUUGUAGUCCACAGACCCAGCCUGUGCCCUGCAAGGGCCCCCUGGUCCUCUUCAAUGUCCUGGGCGCCCUCUUCUUUGGCUGCUUGCACCAGGGGGGCCUAGUGCCCAGCCUGGGGCACCUGGAGCAGGUGGUUCAUGCCCCCGCAUCCCCCAGCCUACCCACCCACUACACACUCCUCUUCACCCACACCUACAUGCCCCCCAGGCACCUUCUCCACCUCCCAGGCCUGGGCUCGCCGGUGGAGGUGGUGGACCUGGCUGGGACUGAGGACUGGGUCCUGUGCCGAGCCCUGAACAACUUCACCAGGCAACCAGCCUGCCAGGUGGCUGGUGGGCCGUGGCUCUGCCGCCUCUUUGUGGUGACCCCAGGCACCGCCAGGCCUGCCAUGGAGAAGUGCCACUUCCCUCUCAAGAGUGAGACACUCCUGUUUCCCCACUUGACCCUGGAAGACCCACCAACCCUGUCUUCUCUGCUGAGUGGGGCUUGGAGGAACCAUCUCAGCCUUCACAUCUUGGAACUGGGGGAGAAGCCUGGCAAUGUGACCAAAAAGCCACCGCCCAUGAGUCGGCCAUAGGUGAAGGUACCACUGCACCUUCUGUGUGGGUAGCUGGGCUGGAACAGAGCCCUGAUUCUCUUCCAUUCCUCUCCCUUUCAGAAGUCCCACUCCUGCCUCUCCUGUGCAUAGGCUUUGGCUGCUCUGCCUUCUGGGUAAGCUGGCACCCUUCUCCCCUUGAAGACCAAAGAUCUGACCAGUCACAAUCCUGACACCAGUUUCCCCAAAGAACCUGGUGUAACCGGUGUCUGGUGAACAGCCUCAGGUCUGUUCCUGCCCUAUUCCUUCUAGCCACUGUGAUAUUUUGAUAUGUAGUAGCACCUGGUUAUGAAAAGAGAGAGAUCUGCAUGCAGAUGGCAUUCCUCUCUCAAACCUUCCAGGAUGCCUUAUCUCUUCCUGUUGGAUAACCCUCCAGCUUCCUAGAUCACCAGGAAGGAGGCAGUGGUGAUGUAGAGAGCAGGCAAUUCAGAUUCCAGAGACCCGAGUUCUAGUCCCUGGUCUACUUGCCACUGUCUGGCUGUGUGAUCUUAAGAAAGCCCCUUCCCCUCACCUCGCCUCAGUUGCCAAUCUGUACAGUGGAUAAAAGUGUCUCUGAGGUGUCUGCCAGCUAACACUGUGUCAUGCCUUGGUCUGCAGUGCAUGUCCCCCAUCUAAACAAGCAUAUCUGUCCCAAAGCUCUUUAAGCAGCCCUGGUGUGGCGGUGUAUUUAAUGGCACUCUGGGGCCUGCUGUCUCCGCAUGGGGUUAUUACCAAAACAAGUAGUUCUAGAAUUGCUCUCCUCACUCUCUUCUACUCCUGUCCCUGAGGGAGGGGGUAGGACCUUUCUGCAUCUCACCCUUUAAGGAUCAUUCUCCCAGAUUGGGGAGCCCAGAUGUUCCCCGUCCUCAGCCUGCCCUAGUGGGAAUGGAGAAUUAGUAGCUGUCUCCACUUGGGAGCUCUCUGGUGCUCCCAGAGACUUCUUAAAUGCAGUCUGGUUGCUCACUAAGCUCAAAGCCCCCAUCAGAAACUGUUUCAUAGGAUAGAGAGCAAACCCCAUGCCAUGUGGGUGAUGAAAGCUAUCAUCACAGCUCCAGGCACGGGCGCCCCCUCUAAGGGCACCCCUAACCAAUCCACUGGAACGUGAGGAGCUGCAGCACUCACCCUGUCCUCAUUCUCCCUCCUCAAAUCUCUACCACCUCCUGAAAAUAAGAGGCACCCAGGCCACAGAAAUCAUUGAGCUGUAAAUCAAUACAGAGCUGGAGACCAAACCAACACUUGACCAAGCCUGAGCAUUCUUCUAGUCCUGCCUUCUGCUGGCUAAGGUUUGGGGCAGCCCAAAGCAGCAGCCCUCCCAGUCACGCUGUUCCGUGGCUGAUGGUUGUUCUUGGUGCCACACGCACCUCCUGACUCCAACCCCAAAGACAGGCAGGGUCAGUGAUAUGCUGGUAAAUGUUUAGCAACCAUUCUCUGGGGGCACAAAAGCCCCCAUGUGGAGCAUUUGCUGAUUUCCAUGGCGUAAAUACUCCCACCUUGACUGAUUUCAAACUACCACAAUGAUGCUACUGAACUCCAAGCUGAGAGGAGAUGCCAGUAGACAUUGGCUCCAGCAAACUACUGGACUUUUCCCUCUUUUAAAUUCUGUAGUAAUUGCUCUUGUGGUUUAUGUUUCUAUGAACCUCUCAUUUGUCUUCCUAUCCCUAGUGCUUAGCGUCAUCUCUGGCACACAGGAAAUACUUCCUCUUUUCUUUGCAGCCAAAGAUGGCUUUUCUGCCCAAGUGCCAUCUUGGAGACACCUGACUCCAGGGUCCCAGACUCUUCCCCUAGUUGGAUCCACAAUCUCAGAAUUUCCUGGAGGAAUUCCAGGAAAUUGGUUAUAACAGUCUGUGUAGAUUGUUGAUGGUCUGACUUCUAAUAAAUUUGUCC